ACUGUCGUAAAGUGUCGUAAAACAACAGCGGAUUGCGACAGUGUCGCACACGUGUGUGCAUUGGUUGAUGUUUUCAUCUGUGUGUUCUUGAAAUUGAAAGACUGUAAGUUGAUUUUAUAAAAAUGCUUUCAGUCAUGGACGAUAUCGAUAAAGCGGAUGAGGAGCGCAGAGGAGUUAAACGCAAGGUGUCAUUGUCAAGAUGUGACGUGUGUGAAACUCAAGAGUCCAAAUACAGAUGCCCAAACUGUAUGAAACACACCUGCAGUUUGGCCUGUGUGAAACGACACAAGACGUCUUCAGGGUGCAGUGGUGUUCGAGAUAAGACAGCAUUUGUCUCUCUCUCUCAGUUUGAUGAAAUGAGUCUUCUCAGUGAUUACAGGUUUCUGGAGGACACAGCUCGACUGAGAGAAAGAUCAAACAGAGACGGUGUCCUGCACGGCAAUCGUCGACACCCAAAAGAGGGCAGUUGGUUAAUCAGGAGGGCGCGAGCAGCUAAAGUCACCCUGAAGUUUCUGCCCAAAAUGUUCAGUAAAAAUCGGGAGAACACCACUAUCUUCAAAAAAGCUGAAAAGCGAUUACAUUGGCACCUGAAGAUCCAUUUUCCUCAAAGUGGUGCUGUUUAUUCAGAAAGAUUUCCUGAUAACCGAGAACUCUGUCAGAUUCUUAAUGAGUACAUUCAUCCUUCAGCAUCAGAUCCAGUCAGACGUCAAAAGUUAAAGGUUUAUGUCCACAGCCCUCAAGAGGACAUCAAAGUCUUUAUGAAGUCAGAGCAGAUAAAGCCAAACUCUCCCAGAUUUCUUGAGCUGGAUACACAGAAAACUCUGGGAGAAAACUUGAUGUACCAGACUGUUGUGGAAUACCCAGAAAUCUUUGUGGUUCUGAAGCAGCACAGUCAGGAGUAUCUCACCAGAACAAAGGAGCGGCUCUCCAGUGCUGCCGCCGGGAAUCUCUCCAGACCGUCAGAUGAGACGCUCUCUAAAACAUCUGCACAUGUGGAAAAGAAAACAAAGGUUAUUUCAGAUGCUGAUGAGCUGGAGGAUGGAGAGAUCCGGAGCGAGGAAGAUGGAAGUGAUGACGAUGAUGACAUAACUGAUAAAACCGCACCUGAAUCACAUCAAGAGGCUGGAGGUCAUGAUGAUGAUGAUGAUGAUGAAGAAAGACUGAAGGUUGUCUUGACAGUAUAGAACUUAACAUUAAGAUGCAAUCCAAGGACCAUCUUCCUCACGACUGUGACACGGAUAUUCAGAUGGACAUUGGACAUGGAUCAACCGCAGUGAGCGUCGACGGCAGAGCUGAAGAAAGUUUGACUGUUUCUCAUGGUCUUGAAGAUGCUGGUUGUCAGGACCCAACUGAGACUUUGAGCAGCGUCAGUCAACAAACCAGAGAUGACUGCAUCCAUGACAGAGAUUUUGAAAAUGUUGAUGCUCAUGAUAGAGAGGAAAAGACUCAGACUCAGUAUGGCUCUCAUCAAACCUGUACUGUUGAAAGUGAUGACAUGCGCACUAACCUGCAUAGAGACGAUGCUAACGUUUAUGCUAGCGACAGUCAUGUAUUUGCAGAUAGCAAACUUCAGCAUUUUAUCCAUGAUAGCAUAGCUGAAGAAAAUCUGGAUGUUUCUGUAAAUAAGCCUCACAGUCCUACAGAUAUCCAGUCUGAAAAUGAUAGUCAUGCUAAUAUCAGUGAUAGCAUUGAUGGGAAGAAUGCUAACGCUAAUUCUCAUGAAGAUCACAUUCCUGCAGAUCUGCACACUGAAGGUGCUAGUCAUGCUAACAUAUGUCAUAGCGUAGAUGUAGACAAUGCUAAUGUAUUUGCUAGCGAUGGUUCUGUUGCUACAAAUAUCCACGUUGAAGGUGCAAGGCAGGUUAACAUAUGUAAUAGCGUGGCGGUAGACAAUGCUAAUGUGGAUGCUAGCGAUGGUUCUGUUGCUACAGAUAUACACAUUGAAGGUCUGAGUCAAGCUAACCUUUCUGAUAACAUCAAUGUAGACAAUGCUAAUGUUCAUGUUAGUGAGGGUGAUGUUUCACUAUGUGAUAGCGUACAUGUUGGCAAUGCUAAUGUGUGUGCUAGCGAUGGUUAUGUUGCUACAGAAAUCCAUGUUGAAGGUGCGAGUCAGGCUAAGAUAUGCGAUAACGUAGAUGUAGACAAUGCUAAUGUGGGUGCUAGCGAUAGUAACAUUGCUACAGAUAUUCAUGUUAAAGGUGCUGGUCAAACUAACCUUUCUGAUAACAUGGAUGUAGACAAUGCUAAUGUUCAUGUUAGUGAGGGUGAUGUUUCACUAUGUGAUAGCAUACAUGUUGGCAAUGCUAAUGUGUGUGCUAGCGAUGGUUAUGUUGCUACAGAAAUCCAUGUUGAAGGUGCGAGUCAGGCUAAGAUAUGUGAUAACGUAGAUGUAGACAAUGCUAAUCUGUGUGCUAGCGAUGGAUACAGUGCUACAGAUAUACACGUUGAAGGUUCGAGUCAGCAUAACAUAAGUGAUAGCGUAGAUGUAGACGAUGCUAAUGUGGGUGCUAGCGAUGUUUACGUUGCUACAGAUAUCCAUGUUGAAGGUUCGAGUCAGGUUAACAUAUGUGAUAACGUAGAUGUAGACAAUGCUAAUGUGGGUGCUAGCGAUAGUGACAUUGCUACAGAAAUUAAUGUUAAAGGUCCUGGUCAAACUAACCUUUCUGAUAACAUCGAUGUAGACAAUGCUAAUCUGUGUGCUAGCGAUGGAUACAGUGCUACAGAUAUACACGUUGAAGGUUCGAGUCAGGUUAACAUAUGUGAUAAUGUAGAUGUAGACAAUGCUAAUGUUUAUGUUAGUGAGAGUCACAUACUUGUAGAUAUUCAGAGUAAAGGUUCUGCUCCGGUUACUGUCUGUAAUAGCGGGAGUGAUAUUAGCGGUCAAGUUAGUUAUCAGUCUGUCUGUGAGAGUAAACCAAGAGUUUGAUAAUCAACAGAUAUAACUUCAGAAAUAGCAUAUAACAUCAGAUAAUGACAAUAACAGUAACUGUUACCAAAGCGAUGUUUGGGUGACCUGAUAAGAGAUUAGUGACAUUACACUGUGUUCAUGGUUACAGAUAAACUAAGAGAUGUUUCUGCAGCAGCUUCUCACUUCUGUUGUUUAACUGGACAAAUGAUGCAAAAUACUUUUCUUUUGUUAAAUAUUACAUCAUUUCUGUAACAGAGUCAAAUUCAGUUUCUAAUUUUGGUGGUUUUGGGAAAGUUAGCAUGUGAGGAUUAAAGCAAGCAUAACCGAAGUGAUUUAUUGGACAAAAAGGCUCACAUUAUAUAAAGCGUUUGUUGUGUAGUUGGUUUGUGUCUUUAAUAAACCUCCAUUCCUGCAGGUCUCUGUAUUUGAGUUUGGUCAGAUCUGA